AUGCUGAAAUAUCUCCUCGUCACAGGAUCUUAUCCACUUGCUUAUUUUCCAUUGUUUGACAAAGCUUAUAUCGACUCGUGGGCAACACUGUUGGACAGGAGGCAUAGGGGCCUUCCAGCGGUUUCGAUAGGGGUUGCAGAUAUAUCAUGGAUGGAGGAACAAACCGACUCAGCCAGUACCAGUUCAACACGAAAAUGUAUAACAGCUAUUCUUUGUGGUAGAACUAGUUUGUUUGUGCUUAUGACGGGAUAUGCGUUGUUCGGUGCACUGAUCUUCAAAACCAUUGAAGGAGGUGAUGAAGAAAAUCCACCUGUGGACUUUCAGAAGAGCAGGGAAGACUGCUUGAAGGAACUCUGGCUUAUAACAGGUGAGUAA